CUGUCAAAGGGCGUGCCCUUUGGACUCUGACAACCCAAAUUUACAACAGCACUUCCUCUUCAAGUCGCUUCCCCAUAUUAAUGUAUUCCUUUCGGUUUUAUCUCAGUUUGUCUUGGUAAUCGAAAUGCAGCCGAAAAAGCAACAUGUCCUGCUCAUCUGGCUACUUCUCUACUCCAGCAUGGUGGAGGCCCUGGAACCCGUAGGCACCACUAUCGCAAUAGGAGCGGUUGCUGUUACAGGAGUUUUAGUGAGAAGCAUGUCCUGCUACUUCAACGAGUGCUGCCAACCCGAGUGGAUAUCAUUCAAUAUAACAAAGCUAGAGAGAAACCUGGACAACAAGCUGUUCGGACAGCACAUUGCGUCCAGCAUCAUUUUAAAUGCUGUGAGCGGCUUCAUGAGAAACAGGAACCCGAAGAAGCCCCUGGUCCUCUCUCUCCACGGGUGGACUGGCACCGGGAAGAACUUUGUGAGCCAGCUCAUCGCCGAAAGCAUUUACAAAAAAGGAAUGAAAAGCCGCUUUGUCCACUUGUUCACAUCCACGCUUCACUUCCAGCAUAAACAUAGGAUUGAUACCUACGAGGCUCAGUUGCAGCAGUGGGUCAGAGGCAAUGUGACCGACUGUGAGCUUUCCAUGUUCAUCUUUGAUGAGAUGGACAAGAUGCACCCAGGCUUGAUUGACAGCAUUAAGCCAUACCUGGACUACUAUGACAAUCUGGACGGGGUCUCUUAUGGGAAGUCCAUCUUCAUCUUUCUCAGCAACGAAGGAGGAGACAACAUCGCUAAAACGGCUCUAGAGUUCUGGCAGGCGGGAAAAUCUCGAGAAGAGAUUGAACUCGACGACCUGGAAAACACACUUUCACUGUCCGUGUACAACAACAAAAAUGGGGGCUUCUUUCGCACAAGUUUGAUCGACAAGAACCUGGUGGACUUCUUCAUUCCCUUCCUGCCACUGGAGUACGAGCACGUGGUCCAGUGCGCCAUGGCCGAGAUGGAAGCCAGGAACCUCAGACCGAACCGCGAUGUGGCAGACAGAGUGGCCAAGGAAAUGAUCUAUACCCCUAAACUUGACAGGCUGUACUCUUCCACAGGCUGCAAGACGGUACAGAACAAGCUAAACUUCUACAUAUAGAUGUAGAAGGAAAUGAGGAUGAGGCACUAAGUGAUGUGACGGAUGUGAACGGAUUACAGGAAGUAACUGGAUCAAAUCUUUCUCAGUUUUUAUUAGAAGGAAUUUUGCACUUCAGCAGCUCUUUAUUUACUCUAAUAAAUGACCAGAGCUGUUAAAUCUCAUGGCGCACUGCUAAAAAUUACACAAGGGAAAUUAAAUGUCAUAAGAUUUGUUUUUAAGAAACUCAAGAUCAUCCUCUCAUCGUCAAUUCUGAUAGUCUAAAUGGAAACAGUCUUUGUGUUGGGUUGAUGCUUCCCAAAGUGUUAAAUUGUGUGAAAUAUAUAAGAUGAUUCUCAAAAGCAAGGUUUUUGUUAUGAAACAUAAUCAAGACCAUGAUAAUCGCUUUAAAACAUUUUUCACUUAUAAUGUAUUAUGACAAUGUAAAAAACAGAACACAUUAUAAUCAUAUUUUAGAGGGUAAAUAUGGAAAUGCAUUAAGUUAGACAUUGACCUGAAGCAACUUCUAUAAUAAAACGUUGUGAAUAU